CUAAGUUUUCUAGUUUUUUCAAGGGCUGUUGCUGGGAAACUCUUCUAUCAAUGGCAUCCGACUACUUGGACGUUAAGCAACUUUGCUCCGAAUUGGGAACUUCGCCAGGACAAAGAAACAAAGGUCAAACAAGGUGGCCACGAGCUUACCACUUGAGAAGCCACAAAUAUUAUUUUUAUCCAAUUAAGUAUGCACUCCUUGUUCCGCCCUCCAGCUAAAGCAAAAUUGACCCUGUAAACGACUUGGACCCCAAUUUUGUUUUGUUUCGUGCUUUAAUUCCGGGUAAUUUCUUGUGGUCAACACGCAAGCACGCAUAUAUAUCAUUCAAGAACUAGCAUUUUGUUCUGUGUAAAAUUAUCGAGCUGCUGCGUCUUCUUGAUACUCUUUUCAUUUUAAACAUAUCAACUCCUGCUAGCUUGAAUUACCCAGAGUCUGAAGCUUCUUUCCUCAAAGUGUUCAUACAAGUGGGGAGUACAGAUGGAGCAAAAUUCUUGCACACCAGACUUGUUAAAAGAGGGUGGCGAUGAAUUCUCUGAUAUCUCACUACGGCCAUUGGAUCUCUCCGAUAUAGAUGAUUUCAUGGUUUGGGCCACUGAUGCGGAGGUUGCUCGUUUUUGCACUUGGGAACCUUACACUAACAAAGAAGAUGCCUUGAAUUACAUAAAAAAUUCUGUUCUGCCCCAUCCAUGGUUUAAGGCAGUAUGCCUUAACAACCGGCCUAUUGGUGCCGUUUCAGUGACCAAAAAUUCAGACAACGAUUUCUGUAGAGGCGAACUUGGCUAUGUUCUGGCUUCUCAAUAUUGGGGUAAAGGGUUUGCAACAAAGGCAGUGAAGUUGGUGGCUAAAACUAUAUUUAUCGAGUGGCCACAUCUGGAAAGAUUAGAAGCUUUAGUAGAUGUACAAAAUGUAGGCUCCCAGAGGGUGCUAGAGAAGGCUGGAUUCGAGAGGGAAGGUGUCCUGAGAAGGUAUUGUAUACUGAAGGGAAAAUCUCGAGACAUGGUGAUGUUUAGUCUUCUCUCUACUGAUCCUCAAAUUUGAUUGUUUUGUGAAUUAUUGUGUACUGGUUUCAUGAUAGUGUGUGGAAUGUUAAUUGUGAGUGAAAAAUAAUUCCAUCAGAGAGAGAAAGAUUGCUUGGAAAUUAAUAUAUUAUAGAGAUGUUUAAUUAUGUGCAUCUUUUGUCUU